AUGGGAUUGUUGGAAACUAAACUGCAUGGUGAAAAGGUGAUGGAGCUCAUGGAGAAGAGGUGGUAUAAUUACUGUCAUAUUAGCAAUCAUGAUAACCAGAAUAAAGGGAGAAUACUAUUGCUGUGGAAGAAAGAUGAGUAUGUGGUGAAGGAGAUAAAGGUGGAUGCUCAGUUUAUACAUUGUCAUAUUACUGAAUUAGAAUGUAAAAAGCAGUUUUACUUCACCUUGGUAUAUGCUGACUAUUUAGCACUAGGGAGAAGUGGACUAUGGGAUAGUUUGAAAGUUCUGUCACAAGGGAUUAAUGAAGCUUGGCUAAUGAUAGGGAAUUUCAACUGUGUUAUGCAGCAGAGUGAGAGAUUGGGUGGAAGAGAAGAGAUGAAUUCUGACUCUAGGAAAUUCAAACAACUGAUUGAGGAGUGUGAGUUAUGGGAGAUGGUAGUGCAAGGAGGGUUCUAUACAUGGAGUAAUAAGCAAUUUGGAAACAUGAGAAUAUUAUCAAAACUGGAUAGAAGUUUUAUCAAUGAAUGUUGGGAGAAUGCAUUUCCUGAGGCCUAUACCACAAUCUUGAAUGCAGGGAUUUCAGAUCAUCAUCCUCUUCUAGUAAAAUGGGGAGAGGAAUAUGUUGGAAGAAAGACUUCCUUCAGAUUCUUUAAUAUGUGGUUGCAGGAUCAGGAAUAUGAUCUUAUAAUCCUACGUGGUGCUGAUAUUCACACAGUGACAAAAGUGAAGAAGACAAUGGAAGAGUUUGAAGCUACAACUGGAUUGAGAAUCAACUUUAACAAGUCUAAUGUUUAUGUGGCAGGUGUUUCUAAUACUAUAGCUGAUCAAAUCCAGUCUGUGCUGGGAUUUGAGAAAGGCAAUUUUCCCAUGAAAUACCUAGGGAUGCCAAUCUCUCCUACUGCCUGGAAACCUGAAUCUGCACAGCAUUUAUUCUUUCAGUGUGUGUUUGCUAAGAGACUACUAGAAUUGGUGAAAAUCUGGCUGGACAUCAAUAUCAUUCCAAGCCAGUUGAGUGUCCAGGAAGUGCUGCAGCUGUGGAGGGUUUUUUCUCAUCAUAAUUUAGGAUGGUGGAGUCUUCUUCAAUCACGGCAAUCCAUUGGAAGUUUCACAACAGCGAAGAAAUCUAUCAUCAUGGUCACUCCCCUUUUUUUGCUAUGGGAAGUUUGGAAAUUCAGAAAUAAAAUGAUUUUUGAAGGUACAUCUUUUUUUUCUGAUGUUUUGAUUACGAAUAUUGCUACUAAUAUUUUCCAUAUGUUGAGUGUCCACAAAAUCCAAGCAAAAGCUCUAGCCAAGCGUCAAGAAGUGGAGAACCUUUUCAAAGUACAAGUGCUUAAACCGCCAAGGAAGAAAAUCAAGACUGUUAAAUGGAAACCACCUGACCCGGGAGACUUUGUUAUGAAUACGAACGAAUCUGCAUUGGGACAACCAGGAGAAGCUGGCUGGGCCUACGUCUUGAGGGGUGAGCAAGGGAGCCUAAUAAAAAGUGUUACAGAAAAAACUAUGCCAUUGGAUGAAUUUAUUAAAGAAGAUUAUAUUAACCUAACGUCGUCAUACGCGAGCGGCGGCGGCCAUCGAAGUAAAUUAAAGAACAAAACGACGGUGAAGAAAAAGAAGCAGAUCUUCAGGUCGAUAUCAACAGGGCCAACAGAAAUCCCGCAUGAGUUAAUCAUUGAAGUGCUUGGAAGACUUCCAGCCCAAUCCCUCCUUCGUUUCAGGUUUGAUAUCGGUUUUGAUCCAAUAAGUUGUGACUACAAAGUAUUGUCUACGUAUUUUGGAUCUGAUGGGCUAGAAGGUGCAAUUUAUACGAUUGGGUUGGACUCCUCAUGGAGAAAAACAAUGGACCCACCUCAAUCGGAUGGUUUUAGUUUAGAUGCUCGUUGCCCUUGCGUUAAUGGUACCAUAUAUUCUCUUGUUGACUCCGAGGUAUGGGAAGAUGCCCAAUACCUUUUUUGCUUCCAAGUUGGUACAGAAGUUUUCUAUACUCGCAAGUUCACCCAAAGUUUGGGUUCUAGUCGUACCGUUGCGGCUGAGCUUGCAGUAGGAGGAUCAGAUAAGGAGUGGUUAAUAUGUAUGUCAAAGAGACAUGAUGAAGAUCAAAUUCAGAUUUGGUAUUUGGAAGAAUGCGUUGAGGGUACCAAUCAAGUUUUGGUCAAGGAUAAGAUUUUUCUUGGGCCAACUCCAUCGCUUCGUAGCAUUUCGGGCGCUCUACCAACUGGGCAGGUGCUAUUAAUGGAUUAUUUGCAUUCAAAAAAGGUUUAUGUUGACUUGAAAACAAAGAAAUUCGAAGAAAGGAUGUACCAAUCCUCACUUCCAUGGAAUGAGGAAGAUGAGCAUUUUCCUAAAUUACCCCGUCGUAUUAAUUCCGUCAACAUAGAAUUAAUACGAGCAAACUGGGAUCAAUGUCCUUAA